AUGGCUGACUCCAGUUCUGGUGAGACCAGUGCGUCUGCCUCUCAAUUGUUGUCUACUUUGAUUCCAACAUUAGUUAUAAGUGUUAUUUUCACUUUGAUUUUUUUGGCUCUUCGUAAAUCAGAGAAGAGAGUUUAUGAACCCAGGUUGAGCGUUGAAACUGUUUCAAAGGAUUUGAAACCAGACGAGAGUCCUAAGGGCAUGUUUGCUUGGGCCACACAUUUGGUCAAGAAACCAACACCUUACCUUGUUCAGCAGUUGGGGCCGAUGGCUAUUUUUUCCUCCGUUAACAUCACAAACGGCAAUGGUAAAAAGCAGUUGGAUAUGUUGACCUUCGGUAAUGUCAGAAACAAGGACAGAUACUUCGCCCACGUUUUCCUCUCAUGGAUUUUCUUUGGUGCAGUUAUUUUCGUGAUUUACCGUGAAUUGGUCUACUACACAACGUUUAGGCAUGCUUUGCAAACCACCCCAAUGUAUGACUCAUUGUUGUCUUCUCGCACGAUGCUUCUUACUGAAAUCCCGGAGGCCGCAUUACUGGAGACAGAGCUCAGAGGAUAUUUCCCAACUGCAACUAAUCUUUGGUACGCUAGAGACUACAAAGAACUUUCGGAGCAAGUCAAAGAGCGGACGAAACUUUCAGCGAAAUAUGAAGGAGCAUUGAACGGAGUUCUUUGCAAGGCUGUAUCGCUUAGAAAUAAACUUCAGAAGAAGGGCAAAGAGCUUCCCGAACCCGCUGAUGAUCUCAACAAGUAUUUGAAGGAUGGCAAAAAACGUCCUACUCAUCGCUUAAAGUUUCUUAUUGGAGAGAAGGUUGACACCCUCGACUACAGUGUCGACAAGUUGGGCGAAUUAAACAAGACAAUCAAAAAAGGACAAGCUGAGCAUAAUUCGAACUCUCAAAUUCCUUCUGUUUUUAUCGAAUUUCCUUCACAGUUGGAGUUGCAAAGAGCUUACCAAGCAAUUCCUUACAAUUCGGAUUUCAAAGGCACUAAAAGAUUCACAGGAAUCGCUCCUGAUGAUGUGAUUUGGCCUAAUCUCGCCCUCACGAAAACCAAGCGUCGUUUGAAGAAGAUUUUGGCUUCGACAAUAUUAACACUCACCAUCAUCUUCUGGUGUAUUCCUGUUGCUGUUGUUGGUGCUAUCUCCAAUAUUAAUUUCUUGACUGAGAAGCUUCCAUGGCUUGAUUUCAUAAAUAACAUGCCAUCUGCGUUGAUGGGUAUUAUCACAUCGCUUCUUCCAAUGGUUGCAUUGGCAAUUUUGAUGUCCCUCAUUCCUCCAUUCAUCAAGAAAAUGGGUAAAGUUGCAGGUUGCAUCACUGUGCAACAAGUCAAUACUUACUGCCAAAACUGGUUCUUUGCCUUUCAAGUCGUCAACACAUUCUUGGCUGCCGCUCUCGGUUCGUCUGCAGCAUCAUCUGUGCAAAGCAUUAUUCAAGAACCCUCAUCUGCUAUGCCACUUUUGGCGAGCGAGCUUCCAAAAUCUUCGAACUUCUACCUUUCCUACUUGUGUUUGUACGGUCUUGUCUUUUCAUCCAAGGCGUUAGCAAAUGUUGUUGGUUUAGCAUUGUCGAAAGUAUUGGGUCGCAUUUUGGAUAAAUCCCCCAGGGCCAAAUGGAUGCGUUACACCACCUUGGGUGAGCCAGACUUCUCCGUACUUUACCCAUCUUUCCAACUUAUCUGCUUAAUCGCAUUGACAUACUCCGUCAUUGCGCCAUUGGUGGUGGGUUUCGCGGCCAUUUCGUUCUUCCUCAUCUUCUUCGCAUUCCUUUACACGCUCACAUACGUUCUUAAGCCCGCCCAAACUGACGCCAGGGGUAGAGGUUAUGCAACAGCAUUGUUUCAACUUUUUGUUGCUCUCUACCUUGCUGAAGUACUCGUCUUGGCGCUCUUCGUGUUCAGUAAGAAUUGGGCUUGCGUUGCCUUAGAGGGUGUAUGGAUUUUAGUGACGGCCGUUUGUCACCAAUGGUUCAAGUGGAAAUUCCUCCCACUUCUUGAAAUCGUCCCAGUGUCAGCUAUCAAGUAUGCUUCAGGAGACCGCACAUUUCAAUAUCCUAUGUAUGAUCAGGGUCUUAAGGAAAUAAAGACCGAGGGCGAGAACUACUGGGAAGGUGGAAACCAAUUGGGUCUUUCGAGCUCUCCUUUGGAUCAGGUAUUGGCAGACCCCAAGACUGACGAGUCCGACUCAUACACCCGUACUGGAACGAACGAGAAGGAGUCAGCCAGCGAGAAAAGACUCGACACUUUGCCACCAGUGGCUUCAGCUAAGGAGGCAUCUGGUGGUGCAGUUGCCAGAUUCUUCAAGCCCAAGCAAAAUAGCUUUGAUUUGGUGCGCGAAGAAAUGCCCGCUGCCUACCUCAACUACAUUGAGUAUAAUCCUGACUUCGUGAGAACUGCUUAUGAUGACCCGGUUGUCAAUGAUGAGGAGCCACAUAUUUGGAUUCCUAAGGAUAACAUGGGAUUAUCCGAGAUUGAGAAAAACAAGGCUCUCAAGAACGGAGUUGAUGUCAGUGAUUCUGACGCAGGUUUCGAUGAGAAGGGAAGAACGGAGUACUACGGCCCUCCACCAUCAUAUGAAGAGGCCUUGAAGGUUUGA